GAGAAGAAGAAAGAAAAUUGUUGUCAUAGAUAUAAUGCCGCCGAUUAGUUGUUGUGUAAAAACGUGUUGGAAAAGUCCUGAAACUAAGCAUAGAUUUCCUAACCCAAUAAAGCACAAAGAUCUUUUUGAUAAAUGGGUGUCUGUGAUAGGCAACCCUGAGCUGUUGGAGAAAACUCCAGAAAAGGUAUAUGUCAAUUCUCGUGUAUGUGCCUACCAUUUUGCACCAGGUGAUUUUGGUCGAAAUAACAGGUUAAAAUGGAAUGUUUUUCCGACUGUCAAUUUACCAGAUGAUGCAAGGUGUUUGCGAGAGGUGAUAAAUAUCAAAUCAAGGCAUGAGGAGGAAAUUAAUGAAUUUGACAGAGGAAAGCUAGAACAGACAAAGGUGAUAAAUAUCAAAUCAAGGCAUGAGGAGGAAAUUAAUGAAUUUGACAGAGGAAAGCUAGAACAGACAAAGGUGAUAAAUAUCAAAUCAAGGCAUGAGGAGGAAAUUAAUGAACAGACAAAUGUGAUCCAGGAAAACACCAAACAAAUUCGUCAAAUGGAAUUUUUGAAUAAUAAUAUCAUCAGUCUCAUGAACAAAUUAGAUGACCAAACUCGUACUGAAUUUUUGACGGAAUUGCACAGAUUGUUUGAAACAUUUCAUAAAAAGGCAAAGAAUAUUACAAAGAAGAAGCGAAAAAGUGAGAAUCAGGAGCAUAUUCCUUCCAAAAAAAGAACUUAUUAAACGUUUUUCAUUAGCAAUUUGUGUAGCUCACAUGUACCUAUUUUUGUUUUGUACAGUCCGUACAAUAUAGAUUAUUAUAUCUCCA